AUGGAUGAACUUAAUAUCACGUGGGAACUUAGCCACAACCUUAUUUUAAUCUGGUCACAUGAGUUCUGUCGGAAAAAUGACUGGGCGCAAGUGUCUCUAUUUUCCACGUACUUAAAGUUUAUCGCAACUGCAGCGUCUGGUUCCUCACACAGUCACGUUUUGAGGGACAAUCAACGACUGUUGAACGAAUUACAAAGAGUCCUUAUCUCCACUCUUGGAUGCUCCUUGGUAUGGUCCAAGAAUAACAGCAGACAUCAGAUUUGGCUCAUCUUACCUAGAUAUGAUUUGAGGCUCUCCAAGGUUAGAACUACAGGCAGCCCUUGGAGGGUAGAUACCGCCGUCAUGGUUGAUGGUCCGCGUCAUUUGCGGCAUGGCAGUCAGCCUCGACCUGGCGGUCUAGGUGGGUACGCUGCUGACACUGCAAUCCCCAGCAAGGCGUUAUCAUGA